GCCACUACGGCAGAACCGAACGCCCCCAUUCGCAAAGAACCAUCCAGGAGGGCUUUCGUGCAAAGGCGUGCCGCCAUGCGCAUUAUCGACCGGCUUGGAUCCAAGUCGGCCGAUGCGCUUAACAUCGACGAAUUGUCGAAACUAAGUUGGGCUAAGGCUCAACUGGCUGAGCUGGACAGCUCAAACACUCCUCCAAGCGCAGAUGCAGCGAACCAAGGCGCAUCUGCUGGGCCCAAACGGCAACGCUCAGAGGAGGAGCUGCUCCAGCAGCAGAACACACAGCCGAAGACUAAACGUCCGAAGCAAGAGGCUCGUGUGAUAAGAAGGCCUUACAGUGAAGUUGCUCGCAAUCCACUUGUAAGGGCUAUUAUCGACAGGAGUGUUGAUGACGGAGCUAUCUCCCAGGAGAAAUGGCUGAAAAUCCGUCAGGGUAUGCUGGGGGUAUACUGGAAGAUUCUCAAGGAGAAUCCCGGUCCAUCCCCGCAAAACGACGAUGCUGGCUGGUAUCAAGGCCAUGUAAAACUGCUAGCGUGUACCAAUGACCGCUCAGCUCUACUGCUAAAAUUAGCAAUUGCGUCCCUAGGGGAAUUGUGGCCUGGCGCGAAACUGGACGUGAUCCCGGUAAACGAGAUACCUCGUAGACCGAGAUCAGUCACAGUUAUUCCGGCGGAGCCACAUGAACCUGAGGAGAUUCUGGCAUACAUUCAGAGCGGUAAUCCCGAUCUACCAACCCAUAACUGGAAGGUGGUUAAGGUUUCCGCUCCUGAAGGUGCGCAUAGAAAGGUGGUCGUAGUCCUUAACAAGGAAUCCUUGGCGCCACUACGUGAGAGGCAAAGCAAGAUUUACUAUGGUUUCGAUAGUAUCAAGCUGCGCAUCUACCGUGGUGACGACAAGCUCGACCCCGAAACUUCUGGUGUUAAACUGGAAGCUCCGCAGGAUAUGGACUGCAAAAUUAAACUGGACGACCCCGCAAGCUCUGAGGACAAAAUGGAGACCCAAUCACACUCCAGUAUGGUUGGGGACCUAUUCUGCGCUCUGGGUGAUGUGGAGGAUGAAGAUGUUCUUCUGGAAUCAGACCCAGAAGACAUCGACGUUACGGUCAUAUAUGAUCCAGACCAUGGUGAAGGCGAUCCAAGUGAACCUUCACCACUCUAAGGCAACUUCGGCUGCCCUGCUCCUCCACAUUGCUAAAUAUGGGGAGGACAUUGCGUUGGUCCAGGAGCCGUGGAUACACAAUGGCGAAAUUCGUGGACUCAACGCCAAAAAGUACAAACUUUUGUACAUAAGACGCACAGCGAUGAAGAUACAGUAGCUGCUGCUUGGGAGACAGGUGCAGGUAAGGUGUGGCUGCUCUCGAGCUAUAUGGCGCACGACCAGGUUGAACCACCACCGAAUAACCUGGUAUCUAAUAUGAUGCGUGCCGCAAAUAGGGCCAGAACUCCUGUAAUUAUCGGAGCUGAUGCAAAUGCUCACCACACAAUCUGGGGUAGCUCAGAUAGAAACGAA